GAGACAGGGAGAGCUGCCUUCUGCUGGUGCUGACUGAGCCCUGUGUUGGACAUGAAGAUCUACUCCUUGGCCCUGCUCACCCUGCUGCUGGCAGCUCCCUGGACUGGAAGCCAGGGCAGGUCCCUCCGCGGAUCUCAUGCCAUAUGCUGCCACAAGAACAUGUUCAUCCGGCGGGAAAUCCAUGCAUCCAAAAUCAAGAGCUACCGGAACACACCUUCCCUCUGCUCCCGCAAGGCUGUGAUUUUGGAGCUGCAGAAGGGGCCAGUCUGUGUGGAUCCAAAGCUGAGCUGGUUCCAGAAGUACCUGAAGGAAAAGAAGUCGAUCAACACCUCCAUGUGAAGCUGCCUUCCCCACAAGCUCUAUUUAUUUGUUUUCCAUAAUUAUCUGUAUGUUCUUGUGUCAUUAAUUUAUGGAGCUGGCUCCGUCCCCUGCCCUGCCAUCGCCCCCUCCAUUGUCCAGUACAUCCCUCA